AGUUACUAUUUAAAUUGAAAAUUGGAAAGGUUACUUUCUAUCGAAUAUAAUCGGUUUUCCGUGUACCAGAAGUCACAGCCUUAAAAUAAUUAUAAAUAUAGGGAAUUACUAAUUGAGCUGGCAACGGAGCGAAAGUCAUAACACCAUGAAACUAACCUCGUUUCCCCGAAAUGCUGACGUUUCGUAUGUGUGCAAUUAAAAUAUUGUUUGGAUUAAUCCCAUAAUGUAAACAAAUUCCGGAAUCUUCAAAGCAAGUGGUUGUAUGAAAUUGUUAAUCAUACUUCCGUCGAUUUAUUUGUAUUUGUGUUUAGUGCAACCAACCAAAACAAUGGAAUCCUGUAACAAAUGUCUGUCUGGAGUACCAGUGCUGUUUGUCUAGAUUUAAGCAACUCACAUUAUAAGCCUCAGAACACAGAUGAUAGCUUCAAUAGAUUGAGAAGUCACAAUCAUCAUUCCUCACAUUACAAAAAUAUGUCUCUCUCAGGAGACGAGAUCCACAACCGUCGCUACCUAUCAUGGCGAAAACUCCAACUUUCCCGAGCCAAAUUAAAAGCAUCUGGCAAAACAUCAGCUCUUCUUUCUGGUUUUGCUAUGGUCGCGAUGGUAGAACUUCAACUUCAAACUCCAAACCAUAUUCCAAAGGAAGUCCUUGUAGCUUUCGCUAUCAUUACCACACUUUUGGUAGCUGUACACAUGCUGGCACUCAUGAUAAGUACUUGUAUACUACCAAACAUUGAAGCAAUUUGUAAUUUAGAAUCCAUAAACUUGGUAGAGGAGUCACCGCACGAGAGACUACAUUGGUACAUAGAAACCGCCUGGGCGUUUUCAACACUAUUAGGUCUUCUGCUAUUUUUAGCAGAAAUUGCCAUAGUAUGUUGGGUGAAAUUUAUAGACACCAACGAAGUUGCUGCUUGGGCAGCCACAAUUAUUCUAGUACCCAUAUUGUUUGUAUUUUUAGCUUUUGCAAUACAUUUUUAUAGAUCUUUAGUAACCCAUAAAUAUGAAACUACAUUAUCGGGUAUAAGGGAAUUGGAGAUUCUAAAGGAACAAAUCGAAUCCGGUAACGUUAAUGGGCACAGAAACGGUGUCGGUGAUUUAUUACAAGAUAUACACGUAAUUUAAGUUACUUAAAUAUAAAGUGCCUUUAUACAGAGCGUUUCAAAAAGUAUCAUCCAAUUUUCUAGGUUUAUAUUAGCAAAACUAAUGAUCAUAUGGAUAUGAGGUUACUUUUAUAUGAAAUGGUAAAGUUGUUUCACAUACCAUUUAAAGAGCCCCUCUUAAGAUAUACACCAUAUGUCUGUUCGAUAAUCAAAUUCGUUCUAAAACUUACUUAGCAUACCUUGAGUGAUAGAUUCGAUGGCUCUAUGAAGUGGUACCAAGAGACGCACCUUGGUAGGAUAGUAGGGCAGUAUUCCCAUGGGCUUCCACUAAAUCCCUGUAUCGUUCUAUCGCAUUUCUCCCUCGGAGAACAGUUAUUUUGAUGUAAGCGCUUACCAUCAAACUAUAUCUCACGAUACUCAUCAACUGCCUGAUUUCACAGCACUCACUGCACAACUAGCAGCUAUCUCAGGGUCAUAUAUUGUUCUGCAUACACACUAUGUCUGCAGAUCUUCUACACGUUUGUUUGACAACUAUUUUCAGGACAACAAAAAAUUACUUCCUUCUCUUUCCAUUAUCGUCCAAAGGAUAAAGUGACACUAUUUAUAUUUGAUUCAACAGUUGUUUCCAUGCUUGCCUAUCCUGUGCAAUCUUUUCGGCAUGAUGCAGUCUCAUAUUUAUUAAGGGUUUUGUUUGGUCUACCCAUCUAGUUGGAGAUCUGUCUCUUGGGCGUUUGGAAUCUUUUGGUGGUAGUGGAUCAAAACUCAUUACGCGUCAACUGCUUUUUUAAAGAUAUAUGCAUUAAUUUUUAGACAAUGCUCUAGCAGAUGACAGAUAUGAAGUGUCUUUUACAAAAAAAUCGUAAACAGUAAGGGACAGUGACCUUGAAGGCCUGUGGUGUAACGCGAUGUAACUGCCGAUUCAUUAAGGUCUCAGUCUCCUAUUAAAUGUUAUAUACGGCUUGAGCGUAAACCUUCCGAUCGACGUCUAAACGCCAGACACAGCGUCAGCGGUCAAUUUAUCUCAUAAGCGAACGACGACGUCUCGUUCACAACAGUAGUCGACAAACAGUACUAGCGUAUAGUCGUGUGAUAUAAAA